AUGGCUUCUCUUGCGACGCAAAUGAUUAUUCCCUCCGAAAAUGGGUAUAGAGUUUGGGAGGAUCAGACCCUUUUCCAGUGGCGCAAGAGAGACCCUCAUGUCACCCUGCGUUGCCAUGAUUCCGUUGAAGGGUCUUUAAGGUACUGGUAUCAGCGAACAAACGUGGAUCUCACCGUAUCAAAAUCUGCUGUUUGGAACGAGGAUGCUGUUCAAGGUGCUCUUGAUAGUGCUGCUUUUUGGGUGGAGGGGUUUCCGUUUGUCAAGUCUUUAUCUGGUUACUGGAAGUUUUUAUUGGCUCCUAGCCCUGCAAAUGUUCCAGAGAAGUUCUAUGAUGCUGCAUUUCCCGAUUCAUAUUGGAAAUCUUUACCCGGUCAGUUUAUCCUGAGAGUUGGUUUCAUUUAUAGUCUUCUGGUUAUUAUGUUGUAUUUCAAACUUUUCCUUCCAAUUGGCAGUGCCAUGGCUUUGAUCGGCCUAUCUAUACGAGUAUUGUCUAGGCCAACCCUCGACAAGUGUUUCCGUUGUCAAGGAACAGGUCACAAGUCGAACGUCUGUCGUAGUAGAAAGACGGUGGCAUUGCUAGAAGAAGAGGAAGACGACUUCAUGGAGAAUGAGGAGUAUGAGGGAGUUGAAUUUGCGGAAGAGGAAUCUGAGGACAGAAUCAACAUUGUGUUACAGCGACUCUUGCUAUCAUCUAAAGAAGAGGGUCAACGCAAGAAUCUGUUUAGGACGCAUUGUUCUAUUCCGAACAAGGUGUGCAAUGUGAUUGUUGACAAUGGGAGCUCCGAGAAUUUAGUUUCUCAAAAGCUGGUAGAAUAUUUGAAACUUCCCACGACUCAUCAUGUAAAGCCGUAUAGUCUCGGAUGGGUGAAGAAAGGGUCUAAGGUAGGAGUUAGUGAAACUUGCAAAAUUCCUCUAUCAAUUGGUAAGCACUACAAAGAGGAGAUAAUCUGUGAUGGUUUAGACAUGGAUGUUUGUUAUAUUCUCCUUGGACGACCAUGGCAAUAUGAUAACGACAUAACGUACCGAGGACGUGACAAUGUGAUCAUGUUUACGUGGGGAACUCAUAAGAUUGCAAUGGCACCUGUUAAGGAUUUUGGUAGCGUUACAAAGGAGAGGAAGUCAAGCUUCCUAGUCAUGUCACAUGAUGACAAAGAACUUGACAAGGCUGUUAAGGAAUCAAAGUGUUUUUAUCCGAUUGUGGUCAAGGGGUUGAUGAGCGCCGUGAUGGAGGAGACAACAACUCCAUGUGAGGUUUUAGAAAUUUUGGAAGACUACAAAGAGUUAGUUGCGGAUGAACUACCUAACGACCUGCCCCCUAUGCGUGAUAUUCAGCAUCACAUUGACUUGAUUCCAGGUUCUAGUCUACCUAAUCUUCCCCACUAUCGAAUGAGUUCUAAAGAGAAUGAAAUUGUAAGAGACCAGAUUGAAGAUCUGCUGAGGAAAGGGUUAAUCUGCGAGAGCAUGAGCCCUUGGGCUGUACCGGUUCUUCUCGUUCCAAAGAAGGGUAAUCAGUGGCGAAUGUGUGUUGAUUCUAGGGCCAUCAACAAGAUAACAAUCAAGUACCGGUUUCCUAUCCCACGGUUGGAAGAUACGCUGGAUGAGUUAAAUGGAUCGAGAGUGUUUUCGAAAAUAGAUCUUCGAAGUGGGUACCAUCAGAUUCGAAUCAGACCUGGAGAUGAAUGGAAGACUGCUUUUAAGAGCAAAGACGGAUUAUACGACAAAACCAAAGGCGACCACUUGGAGCAUCUAAAACGGGUUUCGCAAGUCUUACAAGAAAACCAGCUGUACGUGAACUUAAAGAAGUGUACGUUUUGCACAAACAAGCUGCUAUUUCUUGGGUUCGUCGUUGGUGAGGAUGGAAUUCAGGUGGAUGAAGCCAAAGUAAGUGCAAUUAAAGAGUGGCCAGUUCCUAAAUCAGUAACUGAGGGUCCGGAACAAGACAAGAGCUUUGCGUUGAUUAAGGAGAAGCUUUGUACUGCUCUAGUUUUAGCUUUGCCGGAUUUUGAUAAGGUGUUUCAGGUGGAGUGUGACGCAAGUGGUGUGGGAAUUGGAGCUAGCGACAUGCAAUGGGAACACUACCUGGUUCAACGCGAGUUUGUUCUCUUUACGGACCAUCAGGCACUCAAGUUUCUUCACAGCCAGAAGCACAAGUCUGGAACACUCAAUAAGGUAGCAGACGCUUUGAGUAGAAGGGCUUCUUUGUUGACUACGUUAGCACAUGAGAUUGUGGGUUUUGAGUUUUUAAGGGAAUUAUAUGAACAAGAUGAAGAUUUCAAGGAAUUGUGGAACAAGUGUUGUGGGAAGCAUCCCUCGGCUGAUUUCCAUAUUCGUGACGGUUUCCAAGGGACAAUCGCAGAAUACAGAUUCUCCAAAAUGACGCAUUUCAUCGCUUGUAGGAAGACAGCAGAUGCGACCAACAUCGCCAAAUUGUUCUUUCGUGAAAUCGUACGUCUCCAUGGGGUUCCUAAAUCCAUCGUUUCAGACAGAGAUACCAAGUUUCUCAGCCAUUUCUGGAUUACUUUAUGGAGGAUGUUUGGAACGAGCUUGAAAAGAAGUUCUACAGCUCAUCCACAGAGUGAUGGACAAACCGAGGUGACAAACGUGACGUUGGGCAAUAUGAUACAAAGUGUUUGUGGUGAUAAACCAAAACAGUGGGAUCUCGCUUUGCCACAAGUGGAAUUCGCAUACAACAGUGCCGUGCAUUCAGCUACAGGAAAGUCACCAUUUUCCUUGGUGUAUACCUCUGUCCCGAAGCAUGUAGUCGAUUUAGUGCCGUUACCAAAAGCUCCUGGAGUUAGUGCAUCAGCUGAGGCAAUGGCUAUAGACAUUUUGGAAACUAAAGAAGCGGUUCGAGCAAGAUUAGAAGCAACUGGGCAAAAGAAUAAAAGAGCAGCAGAUAAACGUCGAAGGCUCAAGGUUUUCAAAGAAGGAGAUGAAGUGAUGGUGUUUCUCAGAAAAGAAAGGUUUCCAUUUGGUACUUAUCGCAAGCUUCAGCCUCGCAAGUAUGGUCCUUUCAAGAUUUUGCAGAAGCUUAAUGACAAUGCUUAUGUGGUGGAUCUCCCAGACGACAUGAACAUCUCUCAUACGUUCAAUGUAGCUGACAUUUAUGAGUAUCAUGCCGAUGGUGUUCUUUAUCCAGAUGAGAACUCGGGGUCGAGUUCUUUGGAGGUGGAGGAGACUGAUGCAGGAGACGGUUAA